AAUGAUAACCGACUUUAUACCAUUGCAACAAGGGUGAUAGCUGUGGCCAGGGCAAAGCUAGCGGGGGACUACACACCAAACGGGCAAGGCCAUUAUAAGUGAUAAUCAGUCACUCUUGAAGACGUCUCACGUUGGUAUAAGGAGCUAUAGUUUUAGUUAUGGCGGGGAGAGACUUAUGAACACAAAGUGUUAAAUAGUAGGUUAUUUUAUAGUGCUCGUUUAAUUAAAAACAAUAGUGAAAAUGGUGUUUUCGCCGGUAACGCAUGUUUUGUUCGAUAUGGACGGAUUACUACUGAAUACAGAGGACCUCUACACAAUCGGGUUCCAGAAGAUAGCAUCCCGCUUCGACAAGCACUUCACCUUCGACCUGAAGGCCAAGAUCAUGGGCCAGCAGGGCCGCGAGUUCGCUGACGUCAUCAUCAGGGAACUGAACUUGCCACUGACUGUCGAGGAGUUCCUGAACGAAUUGCACGGCUAUUUGGAAGAACUGUUCCCCGAGUCUAGUGUUUUACCUGGCGUUAGCAAGCUACUGUACCACCUUCACAACAACAACAUCCCAAUUGGCCUAGCCACGAGUAGCAGCAGAGACACUUAUGAACUGAAAGUGGUGAAACAUCAGGAGUUGUUCUCCCUCUUUAAAUAUAAGACUUGGGGAUCGUCAGACCCUGAAGUGAAGAGGGGGAAGCCACAUCCAGACAUUUUCUUCGUGGCUGCUGACAAAUUUCCUGACAAACCUAAACCGGAGCAGUGCCUGGUCUUCGAAGACUCGGUAAACGGCGUGGUAGCGGCGCGCGCGGCCGGCAUGCAGGCCGUCAUGGUGCCCGACCCACGCCUGGACCGCGGCCUCACAUCGGAGGCUACGCUUGUGCUGAAUUCUGUCGACGAGUUUCGACCGGAGGACUUCGGGUUGCCACCUUAUCCCGCGUAGCGAAUAGAUA